AUGACCAACCUCGCCAACUUCGAAAAGCAGCUCGCAGACGCCGAGAAGGCGGGCAACAAGCAAUCCGCCCAACGCCUGAGGUUCAUCAUCCAGAAGCAGAGGCGCAACACCGCCAACCGCGACGAAAAGCAACAGACUCGGAAACGCAAAGCCGAGGAUGAUGGCACUGGCCCAUACAAAGCCAUGCGCUUCACAGACAGCGGCAUCAGCAUGGGCACCGUCGAGGACAUGAUCCAGGAAUCACACGCUCGAGACCAAGCCGAGAUGAAGAAGCGUGAAGAAGCGCGUCUGAAGACAGAGCGAGCACGAAAGACAGCCGAGUCGCAGCGUAAGAGGCGCGAAUACCAAGCUCGUCAGGCAGAGAGGGAGCGCCAGGAUCAGGCUGAGAAGGACCGCAAAGCCAAGGAGGAGCGCGAUCGCAAGGACAAAGCGCGGAGGGAACGAGACGAGAGAUUCCGCCAAAAGCCACCCCCAAAAUCCCAACCUCCUCCACCACGCUCACCACCAAGAUCCCCUCCCCGCCCAACACCAACACGCCGCCCAGCAGCACCUCUAGCAACCAUGCACCAAAUCAACACCUGGCGGACCUUCAGCCUCAACUGCUUCGCCGACUACUCCAAAGUGCUGACCUUCCCCGCACCACCUGGCGGCUGCUGCAGCAGUGCGGAAUGCCAGGCGGCAGCUGAAAAUCGAGUGUUGGAGGCGUGUGACUGUCAUAUCCGCCUGGCGUUCAGGAAUGCGCGAGUCACGAACUUUAGGAUGGAGAGGUUGAAGUGGCAUCCGGAUCGGUUUGGGCAGUGUGUGGAUGAGAAGAGGGCGGAGUUUGAGAGGGCGGAGUUUGAGAGGAAGGCGAAGGAGAUGUUUGUGGUUGUUGAUGGGUUGUAUCAGGGGAGGUAG